AGCAGACGAAUGUUGCAUAUCAAAAGUCAAAACUUAGUAUUGAAUUAUUGAAUUAUUUAAAUUUUAUUGAAUAUUUUUUAAUGUUGAAUAGUGAAAUAGUUGAAGAACUUAUGGAGCAGCAAUGGCUGAAAAUUGUGAAUUAUGAGAACUGUAAUUUGCUACCAUCUACUAUACUUCACAUCUCCAAAAUCAGCAGUGAGCUAUAGGUUUGUCUGGUGAAUAUUGGCACUUACAUACGUACAUACGACCUAUUUUAUAUUCCUAUACUCAACUACGUCGAGACAGCAGCACAAAACUGAAAAAUGUCUUUCAUGAAGGCUGUUUUGCUGCGCUUUGUAUUAAGAUUCCAAAUGGAAAUGUUACAUCAAGAAGUGGAGGAGAAGAUGGAAAUUAUGCUGACACAUAUUGUCCACCAUCGUGGCUGCUGCCCAUAUUACCACUCGUGAAGCUCAGUCAAGUGACCACUUUCUCUUCGUUGGAUCGUUGGUGUCUUGUUUAACUCUAGUACCGUUCGAGAAACGUCUACGCUGAAGGAAUAUUUAUCAUCGCUGGACAAACUAGCGCCCCGGUUGCGGUCGACCAACAUUCCUUUUCCCGAAAUUCAUUGGAUGUUUAAGAAGAUUUGGAAUACGACUUUUGCAGUGCUCGUCGGAUAAAAAAUUCAAACAACAAAUCGCUAGGUCUGCUUAUCGAGAAGACUUGUAAGAGGCCAUUAUCUGAUUGAAAUUCGCCCAUUCAUUUGGACAACAAGAUAAGGAACGACAAAUUAAAGUACGGACGAUGCCAUCACUUUACUGGCAGCUUGCUACAUGCAUCUUAACCUGUCAGAGCAUUGGCUUCGAAUUAUCGAAAUUUUGGAUUUUGGAGAUGACACUGUUGAGAACUUGGAGCUAAGGUUGCAAACACUACUAGUUAGUGGAAAGGACAUCCAUUCGAUUAAGCAGUAUCUUUCGAAAUACUUGGCUCUCCGAUAUAGAGAAGAUGGCAUUGGUCAAAUAUCAGUGAAAUUGGCUGCCGAUCAAUUGUUUUGUUUGAUCCAAAAGCAAAAAGGUAUCACUUUCCUCAUGCAGCUACUCCGCGAAAUCCCCUGGAAAGAUGAUGAGAUAAUGACCGAUAGAACUAAAAGUGAUUGGAAAACUGAAUGGUCCCAUGUCGAAAGCAUCAAGUGGAUUUGUGCUAAAUACGCCACACGUUAUUUCAUGGCUGAAGAUCAUACUGACGACCUGUUUAAACUUCUUUGUGAUAUUCAGCACUGGAACGACGAAAAUGUGAACAGUGAGUUGAGUUACGAUUUAUUGUAUCUGUCUGACGGUGUGGCUUUAAGAUUAAUUAACGACGAAGGUAAUGUGGAGGCUUCCUUGCGUUGGUAUGAAAUAAUCGUUCGAUUUGCCAAUCGCCAUGGAAUCGAUUCUUCGGUUAUAUGGAACGCGAUGACUUGUUUGUUACAACUUCCUCAUGAUACAGGAUAUCAAAGGGCUGAAAAGCUGUCAACUCUGAUUCCGGAAUAUAACUCAUGGGCUGAUCAGGAUCCCCUUUGUAUUCGAUUGCAAAUGGCACUAAGAGCUGAAAACUACGAUAAAGCGCUACAGAUCACUGCGGAUUUAGAUAAUCUGGGAGAAAAUAAUGAUUGGGAUAAAAUCCAACGAGCUAUAAGUCGUAGCGCGUCAAUUGCUCGGGACAACGCGUUUUAUAUUCCCAUGCUCAACUACCUCGAGACAGCAGCACAAAACUGCAAAAUUUCGUUUAUGAAGGUCAUAUUGCUACGCUUUGUAUUAAGAUUCCAAAUGGAAAUGUUAAAUAAAGAAGUGGAGGAGAAGAAGGAAAUUAUGUUGACGAACAUAUUGUCCACCAUCGCUGCUGUCUAUAUUACCACGCGUGAAGCUCAGUCAAGUGAUUCCCUUUCUCGUUGAAAUAAGGAUUUGGUUCGCCCGAACAUCCUGGAAUUUGGGGCGUAUCGGAAACAAACAAUCUGCUUAUUUUCGUCAUCAUCUGUUUAAGCUGUCGGGCCAGCUUUUUGCUUUGGAAACAUGUUGGAUGAAAGAGAUGAAAACUGCGAUGGUCAGAGCGAUUGAGGCCACCUUUGACUUUGGUCCCAAUCACAAACGAAUCUCCUACGUGCGUAUUCUAGAGUCCGCCCUUGAUGCCGUGAUGUCGUGAAUGAAUUUUACCAACAUGCUAAGGGUUCGGAGCACGUCCAGCUAAUCCAAUUGAUGGAAAUUCACGCACUGUGUGGGUUGGCAAAAGACUGGCAAAAAGUUGAAAAACUGUGUCACAGCUAUUUUGACGAUAAAGAUGUCAAUCCCAAACAUGACGCUGACUUCUUUCUUAGUCUGGCCUCGAUCAUAAUCAGUACCAAAGAUGCCAAGAUCUGUGAAGUCGUCACGAGUGAGUGCACAGAUGACAUAUUCGAGAGGGAAAAAUUGUCCGCACAGCAGCAAACGCGUUUGACGAGUUAAGCUGCUACGAGCCUGGAAAAGGCGAUCGAUCUGUCAACGUCAUCAGGAACUCUCCCCUCCUCGAAGAUAAUUCCCCUUUGUCAAUGGAUCGUUGGUGUCUUGUUCAACUCUAUUACCGUUCGAGAAACGUCUACGCUGAAGGAAUAUUUAUCAUCGCUGGACAAACUAGCGCCCCGGUUGCGGUCGACCGACAGUCCUUUCCCCGAAGUAUAUACAACGAUUUGGUCAAAUCUUGUUGUCAAAUCUCACACGGUUUUGAUGUAUCUAUCUCUCACAGAUUCAUUGGAUGUUUAAGAAGAUUAUAUUUUAUUUUUUAUAUCUUA